AGUUCGAGGAGGACAUAGAGGCGAAGAGGCGCGAUGAGAUGAGAUGUGAGGAGAGGAGGAGAGGAGGAGAAGAGAGUCAAUCGCGCUCGUCUCGCGAGAAUAGGCGAGGCUGCCGGACGAGAUGUGAGGGACUCAGGUGUAAGAGCGCUCCUCAUCCACACACAGCUUAGCCAAACAGAGACGCACACACACACACACACACUGCGGGCAUCUCCUCUGUACCAUCAGCAGCAGAGCGCUACAGCAUCCGCCUGACUGCUGCGAGACGCCAGAAGAGGAGGCGAGAAGAGCUGGACUCUCGCUUUGGUUUUUGUCCUCUUUUCGUGCACUUUAUCUGAGCCUGAUCCCGCGCAAACAUGAUGUCCAUGAACAGCAAACAGCAUCAUUUCGCCAUGCAUCCCAGCUUACCUGAGCACAAGUACACAACUCUGCACUCAAGCUCGGAGGCGAUCAGGAGAGCCUGCCUGCAGACUCCACAGCUACAAAGCAACAUCUUCGCCAGUCUGGAUGAGACGCUCCUGGCCCGUGCCGAAGCUCUGGCGGCCGUGGACAUCGCGGUGUCCCAGGGUAAGAGUCACCCGUUCAAGCCCGACGCCACGUACCACACGAUGAACCCAGUGCCAUGCUCGUCCACCUCCAACGUGCCACUGGCCCACCAUCACCACCACCAUCACCACCACCACCACCAGAAUCUGGAGCCACCCGACCUCAUGGAGCACAUCACCUCUUCGUCGCUCGCGCUGAUGCCCAGCGCGCACGAGGGGGCCGGCGGAGGCGGCGGAGGAGGCGGCGGCGGUGGCUUGAUCUCCACUUCGGCCCACCCGCAUUCCCACAUGCACGGGCUCACCCACCUAUCCCACCAGGCUGCUAUGAACAUGAACUCGCCGCUCACUCACCACGGCCUCUUACCGGGCCACCACGGCGGUGCGCACCAGUGCGCGCCGGGACUCGCCAACAACGGACUGCCCUCCAUUAACGACUCGGACACGGACCCGAGGGAGCUGGAGGCGUUCGCUGAGCGCUUCAAACAGCGGCGGAUCAAACUCGGGGUGACUCAGGCGGACGUGGGGGGCGCACUGGCCAACCUGAAGAUCCCAGGCGUGGGCUCUCUGAGCCAAAGUACCAUUUGUCGCUUUGAGUCUCUAACUCUGUCUCACAACAACAUGAUCGCGCUCAAACCCAUCCUCCAGGCAUGGCUGGAGGAGGCCGAGGGCGCCCAGCGCGAGAAAAUGGGCAAACCCGACAUUUUCAACGGCAGCGAGAAGAAGCGCAAGCGGACCUCCAUAGCGGCCCCGGAGAAACGAUCUCUGGAGGCGUAUUUCGCGGUCCAGCCCCGGCCGUCGUCAGAAAAAAUCGCGGCUAUCGCUGAGAAAUUGGACCUAAAAAAGAACGUGGUGCGAGUAUGGUUUUGCAACCAAAGACAAAAACAGAAGAGGUUGAAAUUUUCCGCGGCGCACUGAUGGACUACUUCUAGGAGAGAGAGAGAGA